AUGACGUCUAGGACCCUUCUGUCAGUUUCAGCCUGUUUGUACUAUUAUUACAACUUAAGACACCUGCAGUGAGGGGGUAUGGAAAGCAAGAGAUCAGAUGUCCUCCUUCCAGAGUACCAGAAGCAGAAAACUGACAGCAUUCCAGCUCCUGAAGUGGGUCAGGGGCUGACUUCUGCCCAUGGAUUGCUUGGCAGCAGGCUGCUAGCCACCAUGAGAGAUUACCUUCAGUACCUCGCCUGUUUUUUGGCCUUUUUCUCCACUGGGUUUUUGAUUACGGCCACCUGGACAGACUGUUGGAUGGUGAAUGCUGAUGAUUCAUUGGAGGUGAGCACACAAUGUCGAGGCCUCUGGUGGGAGUGUGUCACCAACGCCUUUGAUGGGAUUCGCACCUGUGAUGAGUACGACUCUAUAUAUGCAGAGCAUCCCUUGAAGCUGGUGGCAACUCGAGCUCUGAUGAUUAUCGCAGAUAUUCUAGCUGGAUUUGGAUUCAUCAGCCUGCUCCUCGGACUUGACUGCAUAAAAUUCCUUCCCGAUGAACCGUACAUUAAAGUCCGCAUAUGCUUUGUUGCAGGAACCAUGAUGCUAAUAGCAGGCGCCCCAGGAAUCAUUGGCUCUUUGUGGUAUGCUGUUGAUGUUUACGUGGAACGUUCUUCUCUGAUUUUUCACAAUGUAUUUCUUGGCAUCCAAUACAAAUUUGGUUGGUCCUGUUGGCUUGCAAUGGCUGGGUCCUUGGGUUGCUUUUUGGCUGGAGCUGUCCUCACAUGCUGCUUAUAUCGCCUUCAAGAUGUUGGAUCUGAAAGAAACUAUCCUUAUUCCAUGAGGAAGCCCUAUUCAACCACAGGUGUGUCUGCGGCCAAGUUAUAUGCAGCCCCUCGCACAGAGACUGCCAAAAUGUAUGCUAUAGACACAAGGGUGUAA